UUUGCUUGGUUCUUUUUAGCUUGAAAGCGAAAGCGACUAAGAGGCACAAAAAGUGAGAUAAUAUAAUCAAUUGUUAGCAUUAUCACACAAUAACCGAGUGACACUGAUAUUUUAUUCUUGUAGGGGUGAAGGAUCCACCCUCGAUAAUGUCUACAUGGAGAUAGGCAAGGCAAUUGUUGAUAUUGCUGAAAGGCAUGCGAUCAAGCCCGUUUUCCUCUUGAAGCUCUCAUCCCGCCAAAAGCCUUUGGCGCCAUAGAGGGCGCUGAGCAUGCUGAAGAGAACCGGCGACGCGACAUAACCUCACAAAAGAGCGUGAGUUUCUUGUUUGACAAUGUCUGAUCACAAUUCGGACUCCCAGCCCUCCGAUGAAGGUGUUAAUUACAAGUCCAUCAGUUGUGAACAGAUCCCGGAGCAGUUUCUAGACAAGACCGUCGCCAAGGAGCACUUUGGCCAAUUUGGAGCCAUUCGGCGCUUCAUUCUUAGGCCGAAAAGAUACACUUGCACUGUAGAUUAUGAGACAGCGGAAGCGGCUGAGAAUGCUUUGAUGGAUGGCGGAGUGUUCAAUGACUACGAGUUCCGGAUUUUCUUCACACCCAAGGAGACACUAAAGCCCAAGAUGUUGGAUGACUAUAUGGAUCCAGAUGUGCAGGCAGAGUUGGAGGCCAUGGGAAAUGUCGCUACGAAGCCCCAGCCUCACUUCUCUUCUCCAGGAGUCAGUGGUAAGGAGAGAAUUGAGCGCCGAAUGAAGACGGUGCCAAAGACUCCAGAUGGAGGGAUGAAAAUAGCCCCAGCAUCAUCUUUGCCUGCUGUAAAUCCCACCACAAGAGCGGAAAUUGAGGCUGUGUUGAGAAAACCAGCCUUUACGUCAGAAGAGAAGUAUCGCGUUCUGGAUGCCAGAGACAAACUCAUGCGAUUAACGACAAUCAAGACGAUGGACAUUAGGAAGGCGGAAGCGACGAAGGGCAUCUGCCCGGAUAUGUGUCCAGAGAAGGAGCGUCUCAUGCGACAGGCUAAGAAGCAAGUGGCAUCCUAUGAAUUGGAUUCACGAGGAAAUCUCAAUCACAAGUACGCCGUGAAGCAGUACUCGAGGAGUUCUGCAGAUCAGGAAUCUGCUUUGCCGCACGAAUUGCGACCAGAACCCGUGCUGAGGAUGACUAUGAACUACUUGUUGCACAGUAUUGUGGAUCUGUGCGAUGUUGAGGAGACCAGCAUGUCGGAUUGGUUUCAUUUUUUGUGGGAUCGCACGAGGAGCAUCAGAAAAGACAUCACGCAGCAGGAAUUGUGCAGCCAGGACUCAGUGGUGCUGGUGGAGCAAUGCGCUCGCUUUCACAUUCACUGCUCAGCCAGAUUGAUUGCUGAGGAUCCAUCGGUGUUUGAUCAGAAGAUCAACACUGAGAACCUGACAAAGUGCCUCCAAUCGCUGAAGUACAUGUACCAUGAUUUGUCACUGAAAGGCGAAAUGUGCCCCAAUGAAGCGGAGUUCCGAAGCUACAUAAUCUUGCUAAAUGUGCAGGAUAGUAAUUUCCUGUGGGAGGUGAAGCAACUGCCUGAAAGUGUACAGAAAUCUGAGCCAGUGCACUUCGCUAUUGAAGUGUUCCUUGCCAUGGAAGCCAACAAUUACGUAAAGUUCUUCCAGUUAGUGAGGCAGACAAGUUACAUGAAUGCCUGCAUCCUCAUCAGGUACUUCAAUCAAGUGCGCGCCAGAGCUCUUGAGGUGAUUGUCAAGGCCUACACGACUCGAGGAUCGGUGGGAUAUGGCUUGCGACAUCUCACAUACAUCUUAGCCUUUGAGGACAUCGAGAGUACGGCGCAGUUCUGUGAGUAUUACGGCCUAGCCACUUCUCUGGAUGAUGAUGAGGUGACGUUAAACAAGAACAGCUUCUAUCACCCUGACAUACCUUUCCUCCUGGACCGUGCCAUCAACAUAGUGGAGCACAAAAGAGCUUGCUCUGUCGGAGAGGCCAUCAGCAAUGGUGUCCUGGAAUCUAGAGACUCCUUUGAGAAUCACCAGCCGCAGAACAGCUUUGAUGAACGAGGAUAUUUCAUUGACAAACUUUUCAGCAGAGUUAAAGAUGAACCAGAUGCUCCAGCUGAGAAUGUUUUCAAGAUCCCUUCAGGAUCGCCACCAAUUUCCCCGAAGCAGAAUUCCACAGUCUUCAAUCGACCUGCUAGUUUGCCAAAAAUGCAGGAAACUCCGCCGAGAUCCCAAAGUCCAGAGGUAAAGAGUUUUUUCCUCGGCAUCGCUGCACCAACUCCAAAGCCGAAGACCUUCUCUCUUAGUUUCAAGACUCCUGCCACGAAUGUUUUUGGCGGAUUCAACGCACUGAAUACACAACCUCCAAGCGGGCUGUUUGCCGAAGCCGCCAGGAAGUCUCAAGAGGAAGAGGAAGAGAAGGAGCGCCUGAAGCAAGAGAAAGAAGCCGAAGAGAAGAAAAAACGUGAAGCAGAGGAGAAAAGAUUGAGAGAUCUUCGUGAGGAGGAGGAAUUGCGGAAGGAAAGGGAGAGACUUGAGCAACAAAUGAAGCGCACAAGGAGAAUUGACAAAGCUUCCAAGGAGAUUCACAGAGAGAUCAUUGAGGAAGUAGUUGAGGAAAGCUGCAAAGAAGUGGCAGAGGAGGAAAUCCACUCACAUGAGGUGUUUCUAGAGGAAAUUGCGAUGAUAGCGGAAAAGAUUAUCCAGGAGACUGUGGAUGAAUUGGCGGAGAGAAUAGUCUGCGGGGAGUACAUCGUGAAGAGACGCCUUCUGCUGUUGAAGUAUCGAAACCUGGCCAGAUGCUUUUCAGCUUGGCGUGAGUUUGUGAAUGAGAAAAUCAGUAAGAGGAACAUUAUCAAUAACACGCCCAUUUGGCUGCCCACGGAGCCUUUGGAGGCCCAAGUUGAGAAUUUCAGGCAUCCGCAUCAAGAUGCCACGCUUGAAUUGAAGUCUCGUUAUAGACGUGGAGUACCUGAUGAUCUGGAUCUCAGUCGGUCUCCUACGGAGAGCAUUGACAUGUUCGCCGAAAUUGGACAAAUUUUCCUGCGACAGGCGAAGAAGAGCAAUGAAAGAGGAAUUCUGAAGUCACACUACUGGUGGAAGUUACUGGUGUGUAUUCCAGACGAUGGUGAGGAGACUCCAGGAUUCACAACGUACAUCACCAAAUGGCUGGAUGGAAUAUUUCUGCGUUCAAGUGGCAGCAAAGUGAAGAAUUGUCUUUACGUAGAGCAGAAGAGAGUGAAGAAUUGUCAGGAGAAUCUCGCUGUAUCGGUGCAGAUCGUCAGAGGAGUUAAUCAGCUUAAAGAUGACAAUACAAGGCUCAAUCUGGAGAAGGAAAUGGCACAUGGGAUCAUCUUUAUUCUCACUGCGAAAAAUUUGACGAAUUCUCAGAAACGGUUGGAAAACCUUUCAAUCAAUUUUCGUCUUCCGGUGGCUUUUUUCGUCUAUAAUGGGCACUCACUCACGCCUGAAGCAGUGGAGGAGAGGCUUAAUUUGGAGAAUCAGGAUGUUUCAAAAUAUAUCCUGAAGAUGUACGAUGAGAAUCGGCGCAAGUGCUCAACGUCACUCAGUGCAGUUUUUCAGGACUGCCUCAAAUUCUGUGCUCGGAAUUGCAAUUAUGAGCACAAUUUGGAGAUGAUGAAGACGUCAGUGUUUCUGGAUGAAACGCUGGGCAGUGUCUUCUGGAAGCGCCUUCACCUCUCAGCUCAAGUGAAUCCCAAACUAGCCGCAAUUUCGCACAACAUCAACUUUGUCAUUUCACUCUACAACGAAGCCAUUGAAACUAUCAAGAAGCAAGCAGAAUUGGAUAACUUCGAUGCAGAUCCAGAAUUCCCUAUCGAGUUUCGGCAGUUUGUGCCCUCUCGUAUAGGCGAGACCUUCAUGACUUGGGAAUACUUCCCGCAGGACUGGCGAUCUUCAGGUCGCCUUAAGAAGUUUUAUCAAUUUCUGGACAACCUCAGACUUCCUUCGUUCACAUUCUGUGGACAAGUCUUUCACUCGAGGGACAUCGAAAGAGAGUUGAGGAGAUACUUAACGCCGCUGCUGCCUUCGGAUAGCCUCAAUCGCGUAACUUAUGGGAUUAUGGAGCCUCUCUUAGCGACAGAGAUCGACGAGAGUAUCUCGUGGCUGCGUCCAGUUGAGAUAAUUGCUCUUGAAAGACUCACGAAGAACUUCCAAACAACGGAAUUGCCUCAAGAAUUUGUCUACAACCGCAACACAAUCGAGAGAUACAUCACAACUCCCUGGUGGCUCACACUGGAUGAAUUAUCCGUCCAACUGGAAAACGAAGGUGAGCCUGAGCUGAAGAAACGACGACAAGAUCCUCUGAAUCUCGAUGAUGUCCUCAGACAAGCGGAUAAAUCCUUGCAGCACGCAAAUGAGCAACUCAAGAAGCGCCAGGGAAUUGUUCUGGAGACCAGAAGAAUUGGCAAGGAACUGGACACGAAGCUGCUGGAACAGGAGGAGAACAAUCGUCAAUUGAAGCGAGUGUGGCGUGAGAAACUCUCUCUGUAGAUUAGCAAAUAAAAC